AUGAGAGACAUUAGUAGUAUAUGGCAGAGGAUAAAACCAGAAGUGCUAAUGGUGUUUGUACAAAUUGCAUUUGGAGCGAUGGCUAUAAUAUACAAGCUAGCAAUAAAUGAUGGAAUGAGCAUGAGAGUAGCCGCAACAUAUCGCCUCAUUUUUGCAUCUGCUUUCACUAUUCCAAUUGCUCUUAUUUAUGAUAGGAAGAAUAGGGAAAAAAUUACUUGGAGUGUGAUUUUUAAGACAUUUCUAUGUGGACUGUUUGGGGGAAGUUUGUAUCUAAAUCUUUAUCUUGAGGGUCUAGCUUUGACGUCAGCAACAUUUAUGUUGGUCGUUGUUAACCUAAUUCCAUCCAUUACCUUCCUCAUGGCUAUAUGUUUUGGAAUGGAUAAAUUCAAUUUAAAGGUUGUGGAAGGAAAGGCGAAAGUGAUAGGAACAAUAAUGGGAUUUAGUGGUGCAAUGUUGAUAAUAUUUUUUAAAGGUGUAGAAAUUCAUAUUUUGUCUUCCAAUAUCAACCUUUUACAUCCACAUCACAACCAAAAUGAGCAAAUGACAACUCACCAUACUGACCUUCGUAAAAAAGUGUUGGGUAUUUCAUGUGCAAUAGCAAGUAGUUGCUCUUAUUCUUUGUGGUAUAUUAUUCAGGCUAAGUUGAAUGAGGAAUACCCAAGUCCUCGCUCAAGUGCAGCUUUAAUAUCCAUAAUGGGAGCCAUUCAAGCAACUGUUAUUGCUCUCAUAGUUGAAAAAGAUUGGAGCCAAUGGAAGCUAGAGAACAACCUCAGGAUUUUCACUGUUGUUUUUUCGGGAAUUGUGGCGUCUGGAUUAGUUGUUAUCGCUAUGGCCUGGUGCAUAAAGAAGAGGGGCCCUGUAUUUACGUCUCUUUUCAGUCCUUUUCAACUCUUACUUGUAGUUAUAGCUUCUUAUUUGAUAUUGAACGAGAAAUUAUAUUUGGGAAGCAUGCUUGGAGCAGUGGUGAUUAUUUGCGGUCUCUACGCGGUACUUUGGGGGCAAAGCAAAGAAAUGAAAAAGAAAAUGGAGAUAUUAGAAAUUACAAGAAUGUCUGAAAAUGAUGAGCAUGUUGUUAUUUCCAUGUCUGUUUUCCAUGAUAGAGUCAUCCAAAGCUCCUAG